AUGAAUAGUGGAACUUCCAAUAAUCUUAAGCGCACUGGUAGCAGCAGUAGCGGUGUUGGUGCAAGGAAUAUGGAUAAUCAUAUUCGAAAUCCUAAUGAUAGUCAUCCCAGUCAAGGUAUGGACAACAUUUGGGGGAACAGUCCGGAAUUCUCGACACAUUCUCCAUCUACCGCAUCGAAUCACUUACAUUCGUUGAUUAACCCCCCUGCUGAUGUGAAUAAUGAUGUUACCCCUAGCAUUCUUUUGGAACAACUAGCGUUUGUUGAUAAUUUUAUUACUGAUUUUAACUCUGACUUUGGACCCAAUGUGACAAAUUCUUUUUACAACAAUGAGGGACCUCAUGGUGACACUGUAAAUUCAUUUAGUGGGAUGCCCUUGAAUCAUCAAGUUGGUGGUUUAAGUGCAGAUAAUCAGCUCGCGAUGGAUGAACGUUUAGCGGCGGAAUUGAGUGUUUUCGCAGAUGAGACUUUUAUUUUCCCAGAUGAAGACAAAGCUGAUAGACAUGAUAGCGAUGACAACGGCGACCAUUACAACAGCAACCAUAACUUCGGAUUGAACAACAAUGCUAAUCCUAGUACUAAUGAUAAUAACAUCGACAAUAACAAUAAUAAUAACAGUGGUAACAAUCAUAAUAGUAAUAAUAACAAUAAUAAUAAUAAUAAUAAUAAUAAUAAUAAUAAUAACAGAAACUCUUCGGAAAAGAGAAACUUGUUCGAUAGAAAAUCAAACCUGCUGGGAAACCAGUAUGAUCAUACGCGGCAACGGUUUUCGAGGAAAAGGUCAUCGACACAGAAUUCUCCGAUCCCCGAUCAUGGAGGAUUUACACACUUUGAUGUUCAAGACCAAUCCAAUAGUCAUAAUACAGGCAACCUAAAUGGCACAAGUGCAAACCGCCAACGAGAUAUGCCGUUUGCCACUUCCCCACUAACAAAUUUAUUAGCCGCAUAUGAUUUAACUUCAAUGUCAUAUCCGUCCAAUACCACUGUAUCGUCUGCCUCUUCAAUCGUCAACACAGCUAGUAACCAUGGUAAUAAUCAUGUCAAUAGCAACGAAAAUCCGUAUCGUCCAAGUACGGCUGCAACAUCAGGAUUUGAAUCAAAUAUACAGAUGCCAGACUACUCUACAAUACAAACUGCGACUUUGGUAUCAUUGUUGCCUAUCAUUAAUGUUCCCAGAGGUGCUUACCAGUCUUUGCGUAAUGUUGGCUUUAAACCAGAACAGAUUGACGCCAUAGCUGCUAUUAUGGCUUAUUAUGAAAGAGAAAGAGAAAAGUUUGAUCCUCCUGUGAGGAAGCCAACUAAUUUAAAUAAUCACUCUACAAAUAGACCACCAUCGUCAGCUUCCCAUCUGGGCUCAUCGAUAGAUGUGAAUUCGCAAAAUCAACUGGUUCCUGAACCUCAAGAACAUAUUCAAAGCUCCGUUGGCAUGCUAUUGGAUUUUUUGCAUGAAAAACCUGAGCCAUCUCCUCAAUCAAGUGUCCAUAAACCUAAUCCAAAAAGAGCCAAAAAAACUCCAGUGGAAAAAGAGUCUAGAGUUAUUGAUACAUAUAUGAAAAACUCACCGAAAGUGCACCACGGCUCAAUUUCUAACAACAUAAAGAAAGAAAGCGAAGAGAAUUCUGCAAAGCAAACACUGGAUGAUGGUAUCAGUAAAACACCAAAAUCAGUUGUCAGGAAACUAGAAUCAGCUUCCUCUCUUAGGAAGGAUGUAACGUCUGCUAAAUUGAAGGAAGAGGUGAGACAAUCGGAAGAACUUCUCAAUGACAAGGAAAAUGCUGCUAAGAGUCUCGAUGAGAAGAUAAACGAAAAAAAGCAUAAUACUGAUUCUGAUAAAAACAAUUCCUCCAGUGAUGGUGUAGAAUCGUCGUCCACUUCCUCAACCCUUUCUUCAAGACCCAAACUGCCGAACUUGGAUCAAACUAAAAAACUUAAAGAGAAAGAAAUGGAAACUUGGGUCCAAGAUCUUUCACAGUUAGCUUGUGACUUGAAGCAAAGAAUCAAUACCCUUGAAAUGGAAAACAGACUUCUCAAAAAUCUUGUCAUUGAACGUGGAGAUCUCAAGAAUGUUGAGUCUUAUGAACUAUCCAAAAAUAACUCCUCCGAAAGCACUAAAAAGGAUACUGACAAGUAA